CAACGGUCAUCAAUAGCUUCCAUCCCCUUCAUUUGCCACCUCCGGGACCUGGGCCUCAUCAGCAGCAGCAACAGCUACCUCUCUCACUGCAGAGCGUGGUCCCGGCCACUACCGGGUCGCAUCUGCCCAGUGAGCACGAGGUCACUAGUCUGCAGCAGUACGAUCAGUACGAUGAUGAGGACUACUCGUCCAUGUCCGAAGAUGAAGCUAUUGUUCCAAUAGAACCCUAUGCCAAAUCGCCCAAUCAGGACCAUGCCAAGACGGAGCUCCCAAUACAAGAGACAAUCGUUGACACUAGCACCGGCGGCAUCGGAACUGUUAUUCCGCUACAGCAGUUCGGUUCUGGCGGAUUGCCAAGAGAUGAUGCAGCUCUUGGUCGUGCACUGAUGAUGCACGGCGUUGCACAGCACGUACACGUUCAACAACAAUCACAACAGCAACAAAAUCACCACCCGUCUAAUCUAGCACAAACCAAGACACACCUGGAUGAUGAUGAGGAAGGAAAAUGUGAUUCAUCAUCUCCAUCGCUUGGCAUAUUUGUCGGUGGUUCCACCGCGAUGGCGAAUGGCGAAGAAAAAGCGACACAGAAAAGCCAAUCCUCCCUUGCGAGUGGCUCCAACCUGGAACGGCCCUACAAGUGUCACAUCUGUGAACGUUCGUACCGGAAUCAGAAGAACUUAAAGUCGCAUCUAAAGGUGCACGAGGGCAUCCGCGCGUAUCAAUGUGAAAUUUGUGGUAAGAAUUUCUCCGGUUCCAGCUACUUGGUGAUCCACCGACGACGCCAUACAGGUGAGCGGCCAUUCAAAUGUGUCACGUGCGGAAAGGCGUUUGUGGACUCGCGUGCGCUAGCCGUUCACGCGCGUUUGCAUAGCGGCGAACGGCUCAAGUGCGAAAAAUGUGAGAAAACUUUCUCUAGUGUGAGUGCCCUCACAGUGCACAAUCGGCUACACACCGGCAUCCAUCCCUACAAAUGCGAACUGUGUGGCAAAACGUUUCCGCAGUACAACAACCUAAAACACCACAUGAAGAAACACGAGCAACCAAAUGCUUCGGAAAAUCAGUCACCAGGUGGGACACCACCGGCCUGUGGACCUGCGAUGUCCAACGGAGUUAGCACAACCAGUGGCUCCAAUACUGUUUCCGGACGAUUGGGUUCGACGGUUCAGACGGACGCGAAUCUUAAUGGAGUUACACAUAUGGUGGCCAGCUCAACCACAGGGCCUGCGUUCGAGUACAAAUGUCACAUCUGCAGCAAACCGUACAAAUCUGCUGACGAUCUGCAAGAGCAUCUUAACCAGCACGGCAAGGAUCGACCAAAUCAGUGUGAGUUUUGUUCGAAGGUUUUUCCGCGUUCCUCGCAUCUCAUCAUUCACCGACGGCGUCACACAGGCGAGCGACCUUUCAAAUGCAAAUACUGUGACAAAGCGUUCGUUGACUCGCGAGCCCUGUCCGUUCACACGCGGCUGCAUACGGGCGAGCGGGUAAAGUGCGAGACAUGCGAAAAAACGUUCGCCAGCUCCAGCGGCCUGAUAGUGCACCGGCGCAUUCACACCGGGGUGCAUCCGUACAAGUGCGACUACUGCGAAAAAUCUUUCGCCCAAUCGACGGCACUCAAGUACCACCUGAAAAAGCACGACACAGCCCUGCUGCCUACAACGACGACCCCUGAAAGUGCAGAGUCACGGCUUUCCACGGUACCAAAGCACGGUACAGCCGAUGUAGGCCAGUGUCCACCUUUCGGAGACGACUCGACAACGAAUGGAAACGAUCGGUACAAGUGCACCGUGUGCAGUAAGGUGUUCCGAUCCUCCGAGUACCUGGUGCGCCAUCGGCGAACGCACAGCGGCGAACGGCCGUACCAGUGCGAGAUUUGUGGCAAAAACUUUUCCACCAUGAGUUACCUUGUAAUCCACCGGCGUCGGCACACGUCUGAGCGACCGUACAAGUGUACUUCCUGCGAGAAAGCCUUCGUCGAUUCGCGUGCCCUCCAGGAGCAUGCCCGACUACACACUGGCGAUCGUGUGCGCUGCGAGAUUUGCCAAAAAACCUACUCCAGCGUUAGCAACCUGAUCGUUCACCGACGCAUCCACAGCGGGGUCCAUCCGUUCGAGUGUGACAGCUGUGGUAAAUCGUUUGCUCAAAAAAAUGCCCUCAAGUAUCACCUUAAGAAACACAACAAACAGGAUCAAACAGACGCCAUGGGUUAG